AUGAGCACGAUUUGUGGAAACAAUGGAGAUAUUUACAAGGAUCCUUCCUGCACUUCAACCCAACGAGCCGAAGAUCUUCUUGCGCGAAUGUCAUGGUCCGAAAAGGUAAAACAACUUGGUGGCAUCCGCCAGGUACUUGGCGGAAACAUGUCUUUCAACAAGACAAAAUUUGAUAUCUUCAACGAAGCACAAGAUGGCAAUAUAGGAUAUGGCAAUCAGUUCAAUCCCGCUCUCCCAGCCUUACAGCUAGUGAACAAGCUUCGAGAGAACCAGACGGCGUCAGGUCUGGGAAUUCCUUAUGUUCUUGUAACGGACUCCAUCAAUGGAAUCUACUUGUUCAACGGGACCUUGUUCCCCGGCACAUUGUCUAUGGCGUCGUCGUUCAAUGUUCCCCUCUAUGGAGAGGUUAUCGCCUCGAUCCGGGAAGAGUGCAAGGCAAUCGGUAUCAACUGGGUUUUGUCACCGGAGUUGGAUGUUGUGACGGAUCCUCGAUAUGGCCGUGUGGGUGAAACAUAUGGCGAAGAUCCGUACUUGAAUGGAGAGUUCGGCUUGAGAUACGUCCAAACCAUCCAAGAGAAAGACGAGAAUGGGUUUAUGAAGGUCGCAGCCACAAUUAAGCAUUUUGUUUACGGCUGGGAGGCUGGCGGCAUCAACACAGCGCAUCAGUAUGGGGGCAUCAAUCAUGUCUACAACGAUAUGCUGCCUCCGUUUAUUAGGAUCAUCUCCGAGGGGAAUCCUGCUUCGUUGAUGGUUUCUUAUUCUAGCCUUGAUCGGGUUCCAAUGUCUGCGAACAAGUUCAUGCUCCAACGGGUUCUUCGAGACGAUCUCAAGUUUGAGGGGAUUAUCAUGUCUGAUGCUGGAGCCCUGAAUGAUUUGGCAGGGGAAUUCAGAAUCGCCCAGACAUCUCAAGAUGCGGCGAUCUUGGCCGUCAAGGCAGGCAUGCAGAUGGAACUCUCGCCGGGAGAAGAGUCUGCCACACAAACGCUGGUCAAUGUAACCAACGACGCUGAGAUUACAGCGCUGGUAUCGAAUGCUACGUUUAAAAUUCUCGAGCUCAAAUUCAACCUUGGUCUCUUUGAUUCGCCUCUGCCCUCAGUUGAAAAUGCUAUCAAGAUCCUUCGUGCGCCACCGCACCUCGAAGCAGCGCGCAAUAUCUCUCGCGAAUCAAUCGUACUGCUUCAGAACGAUGGUUUUCUCCCCCUGGGAGAAAACAAAUCCCGUACCAUCGCAGUACUAGGACCGUAUGCCUCGAUCAUCGAUCCAGGUUCUUACGCACCCCACAGCACAGCGGAUCAAACCCACGGCAACUCCCUCCUUCAAAGCCUGCAGCACGCCCUCGGGUCCCAAAAUGUCAUACACGAACCAGGCGUAGACUUCCUCGACCGAUCGAAUUCCACCGGCAUAGCCAGCGCGGUAACGGCAGCCAACUCCGCCGACUUGGCCAUCCUAUCUGUAGGCUCACUGUCAGUCUACGCAAGCGAUCCCCUCUACGACAAACGUACAGAUGGAGAGUUUUUCACACAUGCCGACUUAGGCUUCCCAGGUCUCCAACAAGAACUGAUAGAUGCCGUCCUCGACACGGGCGUUCCUACGAUCAUAGUCCUCAGCGGCGGACAAGCAUUCGUUCUGAACAACUCGACCCUCCGCGCAAAUGCAAUCCUCCACACGUUCUUGGCGGGCGAAUAUACCGCUGACUCGGUUGUGGAGAUUCUCUCCGGGCAGGUGAACCCCAGCGGCAAACUUCCUAUCAGUCUCCCGCAGGCGAAUGGCGCGUUCCCCGUCGCCUAUAACUGGUUACCAUCCGAUAACCACGGAGGAAGCUCUGGGAGCCCAAUCCAUGGGUCAUCUGCUUGGCAGUUUCCUGCCCUUACGAUUGAGCCACCGAUGGCGUUUGGAUUUGGGCUUAGCUAUACCUCGUUCAACAUCUCGGAGGUUGAGGUGAAGCAGGCCUCGGAUGGGGGAGAUCCAGCGUUUGAAGUCUCGGCUACUGUCACGAAUACGGGGAGCGUCGCUGGACAGGAGGUUGUGCAGCUUUAUUUUAGGCAGAGUUUGUCGACGAUUGAGUUGCCCGUUAAACGGCUGAUUCGUUUUGCCAAGGUUGGUCUUGGGGCUGGUCGGUCGAAAGUUGUCACUUUUGUAGUCCCGCAGGAGGAGAUGGGGUAUUAUUUGAAUAUGGAGUGGAUUGUGGAGAAGGGGAGGUAUACAUUUUAUGUUGGGUCUAGUUCGAGGAGUGAGGAUUUGCAGGAGCGGGAUGUGACGAUUGGGUGA